AUGCGUUCCGCUUCGCGAGAGAACUGCACGAUCGUCACCACCGUCAACGCCGCCGGUGCCGUGUUGGCCCCUACCAUCAUCUUCAAAGGGCAGCGUUUCAACGGAGAUUGGAUCGUGGAUCAGGACGGCCCGCCGGGUGCGACGUACACCUGCACGGAGUCGUCCUUCAUGUGUGGUGACGUGUUCAUCAAGUACAUCAUGGACUUCCACGAGCAGCUGCGCAAGCGCAACUUGCUCGAUGGAAAACCCCAUGUGCUCGUGCUGGAUGGGCACGCGUCGCACGUGAGCUUGGAAGUCGUAGAGUUGGCCAGGUCCCUCAACAUCCACGUCGUCCAGCUGCCCUCCCACAUGUCCCACAUCACCCAGCCCCUGGACGUCGCUGGCUUCGGGUGCUUCAAGAAGGAGCUGACCAAGGCGAUCCAGGCCUUCCCGGCGACACACGGAGGGGCGUUGCCGCGGAAGCGGGACAUGGCCUCCGUGAUCGGGCAAGCGUGGAGCACGAGCUUUACGCCGGACAUCAACAAAGCUUCCUUCGCCGGGGCGAGCCUUUGGCCGGUGGACAAGGAACGGGCACUCAGUCGGCUGCUGAAACCCAAGAGGAAGGAGAGGGAAACCGACCGCCCUCCCCUGCAAGACGUCCUCAUCGCCGUAAGCAACGAUCGGCUGGAGGAAUUGCGGCGAACGCACUGUCCACAAGCUCCUGGGGGAAGGCCACACCCUCACGGGACUCCGCGUGAGCACGGUGUUUCUCGGCGACUACCUGCCCAGCAAGCGAUCCAAGAAGCCGCCAACCCGGGCGAACUUGGGCAUUCCAGAGGGAGGACUUCUCACUUGUGACGGG